AUGUUAGCAAAUAUUGGAGAUGAACAUGUUUCAAUUAUUCAUGCUUUUCAGCAUCAGGAGCUUACAAUUCAAACAGAAACAGAUCGUAUUCAAGAAUUGUUCGAAGUCAUUGCGGAAUAUGCGAAAAAUAUUUCUUCUUUGGAAAUUUUGCUUAAGAAUGCUUCAGCACCAUUUCUUCAAACAAUAACAUCACUUCAAAACUUGCAGCUUUUAAUACCGAGAUCAAUCUUCUUUGAACUCCUUGACUCGCUUUCUGAUGACUUUUGGAUAGAAUUAUCGAAACAAUGGAUCCAAAUAUGA